GGCUAUGGCCCAUUCCGUCCUAAAUGCUUACAAUUCUUGAAUCAUCAGUGGUGCCUAAUUUUUAUCGUCUGUUUGCAAGUAUUUGUUUCCGGAAUGAUGAUAUCAGGAUUUGUAGGUGUUACUGUUAGUUCUAUCGAAAAGCGAUUUCAUCUAAGAAGUACUGAAAUCGGCGGCUUACCAGCAGGUGAAGAAAUUUCCGCCGCUGUAACUGGUUUCAUUGCAAGUUAUUAUGCUGGUCAAAGACAUAAGGGUCGAUUUUUAAGUGCUGGUGCAUUAGCUGCCGGAAUCGGCGCUAUCGUCUAUUCCUUACCUCAUUUCUUUGCUGGCGAUUAUCAACCUAUCAGUACAGCUUCAAAUUAUACUGACUUAUGUGUAGCUAAAUCGGCAUCUUUUGCAGCUGAAGUAUGCGCAGCAGAAUCAGUAGGUAGUAAUACCUACGUUCGAAAUUUCUUUUUCGUAUUUAUACUGGGUCAAUUAAUUAUGGGAGCCGGUAAUAACUUAUUGUGGAACAUUGGAUGCGCCUAUGUCAGCGAAAAUGUCCACCCAAAAUCAUCUGCCAUGUAUAUCGCCGCGAUGAUGACUGUAUCGGCGCUUGGUCCAUCAAUCGGUUUUAUCGCUGGAGGAAAUAUUUUAACAAUGUAUGUCGACGCACCAAAAUCACCACCAACAGGUAUUACUCUAUUCGAUGCACGAUGGAUUGGGGCCUGGUGGAUAUGCUUUCUAAUUGCUGGCGGUGGCCUUAUUCUUAUUUCGAUCCCGCUAUUUGGAUUUCCACGAUUUUUACCUGGAUAUAAGAAAUAUAAAAAGUUGCGUCUAGAAGAAGCAGCUGAAACAGCUAAAGUUGAUAAGGAAUAUGGCAAUAGUAUUAAGGAGAUCCCCAGAGCAACGAAAGAUUUAAUUACUAAUGUACCGUUUAUGUUAUUGAUGGCUGGAUUGAUAUUUGAAUAUUUCGCAGUUUCCGGAAUUGGAUUAUUUUUCGUUAAAAUUCUUGAGACACAAUUUCGUUUGCCAGCGUAUCAAGCUAGUCCGAUUAUAGGCUAUGUUGGGUUAGGUGGUGGAGCAACAGGAAUGUUGCUUGGUGGUGUUAUUAUGAGAGUAUUCAAUAUGAAUGGAUCUAAAGCGACCUUCUUAACCAUGAUUUUGAGCGUAGUGGAUGUCCUUGCAGCAUUUUCGUUAUUGUUUAGCUGCGUAAAUCUUCCAUUUGCUGGUGUUAAUAAGGAUUUUUUCAUGUAUUUUAACAUAUGCAUUAUUAGGUUCGGUAAACCCAUACUGGCUGCUACAUGUAAUAAUAACUGUAUGUGUAAUGGCGUGAAAUUCAAUCCCAUUUGCGGAAUAGAUGGAAUAACCUAUUAUUCACCCUGUCAUGCUGGUUGCAGUAACAGUGUCUACAAUCCCACAUACUUUAGCUACGCGAAUUGUAGCUGCAUUACUAAUGCCAAUAGAACAGCGGUACCAUUCGACGCUAGAAGUGGUGCAUGUACUAAACCAUGUCCAUACUUAAUACCAUUCUGCAUUGGUUUGGGCAUAGUAUUCAUAGCUGCUGCUGGUAAAAUAGUUCCUUCAACAGAAGCUAUGCUAAGGAGUGUACCAGAAAGUCAACGGGCAUAUGCAAUGGGCUUUAAUUGGGUAUUUUUACGAUUAGUAGCUAGUAUACCUGGUCCAAUUGUUAUUGGCGCAUUUAUCGAUCGUUCGUGUAUUUUAUGGGCAAAGAAUUGUAAUGGGACGUCGACUUGUUGGGUAUAUGAUAGCAAGUCUAUCUCUUACUACGUUGUGGGUACCACUGCAGUUGUAAAGUUUUUAGGCGCUAUUUGCUUCUUCAUUAGUUGGCGAUAUUAUAAACAAAGUAAGAAAGAAACUACUUCUAGUGAGGAA